GUCACACCAGGGAAGCCCUUGGACCCACAGGAGGCUGCAGGGAGCGACAAGGCCAACACCCAAACUGUCCAGGAGGAGCCAAACCCCCAAACCCCUGAGAAGAAGCCAAACCCUCAAACUCUCCAGGAGAAGCCAAACCCCCAAAUCCCCCAGGAGGAACCAAACCCCUCGGAGCUGCAGCAGGACAGAGGCUGCAGCAAUGUGACUCCUUCAGCCCAGAGGCACAACAGGACAGACCUGAGCCCCCCCAAUCUCAGAGCUGGUGGUGCUAAAGGCACAGAAAAGGGGUACAGGGCCCCAGAAGGGAGUGAGGAGUGGCAGGAUGACAGCAGUGUGUCCUCUGUGUGGGACAGCAGUGACCUGGGGGCAGAGUCCCUUGAGGCACAGCUGGGAAUUCCCCUGGAGGACACCCAGGACCUUCCCCAGACUCGCUCUGGGCUCCAAUCCUACAGGAAUCACCUCCUCAUGGAGCUCAUGUGGCUGCAACAAGCUAUUGCCAGUCGUAAAAACUUCCUGAUGCUGAAACAUAAACUGGGCAUUCCUGAGGGAAGGCAAUCCUGA